GAGAGCAGGAAGGAAGCCGAGCUGCUCUCACUUCGCUUUCCGUGGCCCGGCUGCAAAUUCGGCCUCAUUAACUCAGGAGUGCUCAGAGGGACCCGAAAAUGACCCCCCAAGCCCCCCCUGAGCCCCCCAAAUGCUGCUGCUUCAACAUCAAGACAGCAACAGUGGCCCUGGGGAUCUUCCACAUGGUCAUGAGCAUCCUGCUGCUGAUCGAGUAUUCCCUGGAGGUGGCCAACGGGAAGGGCUUCUGCAAAGACCUGAACACUUCUGAUUACUUCAGAAUUGUUGAUAUCACCACCAGUUUCCUGCUGAUCCUCAUGUUGUUUAUCAUCAGCUUCCACCUCCUGUUCGGGGUGAUCAAGAAGAGGGAGCGGUUCCUGAUCCCCUUCCUGGCUCUGCAAGUCAUUGACUUCCUCCUCAGCCUCCUGACCAUGUUCAGCUCCUACAUCCAGGUGCCAGUGAUCAUCUCCACGUCCUCCUCCCUGGGCCACACGCAGGGCCACUCCAGGACUCCCCUGCUGGCGCUGCAGCUGCUGGAUUUCUGCCUGAGCAUCCUCACUCUGUGCAGCUCCUACAUGGAGGUGCCCACCUACCUCAGCCUCAAGCCUGUGGACAGUGGGGGCUCUUUGCCAGCCCUGCAGAAGCUGCCAGCAGAGGAGUACACCAGAGUGAUGAUCACCUUCACCAUCGCCUUCGUGGCCGUGCUCUUCCUCAAGGCCUACAUGUUCAAGUGUGUCCUGACCUGCUUCAAGUACAUCAAAGCCAGCAACAAGGAGGAGGUGAAAGUGGAGCCACACACAGUGGAAAAGGCCGUGCUGCCAUCCUAUGAGGAAGCUCUGGAAUUGCCUUCCAAGGAUUCCCCCCCUCCCUACCCGAGGGUCUGAGCCAGCCCUGGGGCAGAGGUGGCUCUGGGUGCUGCUGGUGCCUGUCCCCUCCCAGCAGAGCCCCACUCCUCAC